AUGAAACAAUUAGUAGACAGCGGUUUGCAUCCCGAAGAAGAUUUACGCCAACAGAAUACUGGUUUCGAUAAAUCGGAUGACCCCGAAUUUGCUGCUUAUUUAAGAGGCAAAGGUCAUCGGCCUAGUUCAGAUCAAAGAAAAGCGGUAAAAAAAUUAGACAUUGCUUUUAAACAACUCACCGGUGGGUUAGAUUUAUCUGAUUUUGUUAAUUUAAAAAUAUUAAAUUGUUCAGGCGAAAAUUAUUUUCGCCAAGACUUAUCUUUUCUGAAAGGAGCAGUUAAUUUAGAACGACUUGAUUUAUCUAACAAUGAAUUUUUUGGUUCUUUAAUAUACUUAAAGGAAAUGGAUAAAUUAAAAAUCCUUGAUAUUGACAAAACUAAUAUUGAUGACGGGUUGGA